CCUAUUGUAUUUGUAGUAAAAAUACGGUCUAACAAAUACUAAGCAGUCUGCUAAAAAACAUAACUAGCAACUAUUCCUGUACAUUAAUAUAACCAAUGUUUUUUUCUUCUAAUGGCAGGUUGUGACUCGAGCUACUUUUGCUUCCUAAAUGAAGCUCAUAACUAAAACCUUAUUGCAGACUGUGUGUAGUGAAAGUCUAACCAGCCCCCUUGGUAUUUUACGGCCGCCCCUUUACAAGCAGAUAAGUUAUUACUUGUUCCCCGAAGUUUUCCAACCCACCCCCAUUGCCAAUACUUCAUUUCCCAUCAUCCUCUCUCUAAAACCCCCGUUUUCACCGAAAGCCGAUUGCGAGAUUUGUCUGGUUCACUGAAGCGAUGCAUGUGUAUUGAUCUGUGUGUAUUCGUUCGGUCUGAGGACUCUUUUAUGCAUCUGAUUCGCGAUGCCUCCGCCGCGCAAGCAGCACUACGGCAUCAAACACGCGAGCGGUUCACUGAUUCACUACAGACCGCCGGUGAGCGCGAUCACACAGCGUCGACACUCAGCCGUCGUGCCUUCGGUGCUGACGUUCGCCGUUAUCGUGGCAUCCGGAGGCCUGUUGCUCAUGAUAGAGAAGGGAAUGCUGAACAGCGUAGAGACUCCGCCGCCACGGGCCAACGGCAAGCGAUUCGCCAGGAACAACAACCCGGCUGCGGACGUGGAGUCGCAGAUUCUACAGGAGAUCCGUAACCGUACCAUCAGAUCAAUGUGCGGUCAGAGGAACACACCUAACAGUGUUUGGUCUCUCAGUCCCCUGCAGAGGAAGACUCUCCUCCAGCAUGUCUUGGUGAAUGACGAGCAUCGUUUUCUGUACUGCUACGUACCCAAAGUGGCCUGUUCAAACUGGAAGCGCGUGCUGAAAGUCCUGACCGGAGCUCUAGCCAACGUGGACGUCAAAAUGAAGAUGGACCAUCGUGCCGAUUUGCUUUUCCUGUCUGACUUCUCACCAGAAGAGAUUCGCCAUCGAUUGCGGCAUUAUUUUAAAUUCAUGUUUGUACGAGAGCCGAUGGCCCGCUUGCUUUCUGCCUACCGUAACAAGUUGGGCGAAAUCGAGGCCUAUCAGCAUAAAUACGGCGCGGAGAUCGUACGAAGGUAUAGAAAAGGCUACGCAAAGACUAAAAAGAUAGCAGGAAACGACGUGACGUUCACAGAGUUUGUGCGUUAUUUGAUAGACGAGGAUCCUGAGCGCAUGAACGAGCACUGGAUGCCCAUCACCAACCUGUGCCAUCCUUGCGCUAUACAGUAUAAUUUCAUCGGCUCGUAUGAGAGGCUGGAGAGCGACGCGGCUUAUGUGUUGGAACGUGUCGGGGCGCCGCAACACGUGCGUUUUCCUGAACGCCAGACGUGGUACAGACCUGUUACUAAAGAAACACUUCAUUAUUAUCUAUGCACUGUUCCUCAGAAGUUCUUGAAGGAGCUUCUGCCGAAGUAUAUUUUAGACUUCAGUCUGUUCGGCUAUUCUUUGCCCAACACAACCACUGAAUACUGCAGGCAUUAACAAAGACAUUGGGUUUAUACCUGCCUUGUAAAACCGCCUGUAAUCUUGUCAAUAUUUGAGAAGUUUUUUUACAUGUACAGAAUUGAAAAGAGGCUUCAGUACAGUGUAUUGAAAGCUUUUUAAGUGCAAACCACUAUUUAACUGGAAGUAACUCGAUCAAGUACACAAGCUGGUCAUAUAAACAUUGUGCUGUGCGCAAGACUAUCAUGGGACUUUAUAUCAAAAAGCACAAAUUCACUUAUCAGUGUUAUAUUUCUAAUGUUUUAUUUUAGCUUAAAUAUUUAGAUAUGUAAUCAUUUUUGCGUUUGCUUUACCCGUCUUGAGAGUGGAUUUCUCACUGUUUAUUGACAGAGGUCUCCAUUUUGACACUAAAUGAAACAUGAAGCUCUUUAGAGAGCGUAUGGGAAGUCCCCCAGGUAACUGUUGUACCUAAUAAAUUGUUUUAUAAGUGACAUGGUUUAAUAUAGCAAAAAAAUGUUAACUAUAGCUUUAAGACUUGAAGCUCCUAAUCUGACAUUUGGUGUUUUGAAAAGAUGAACUCUGGGUUGAGUCACUUAAGAGAUUAAAAGAAUGCAGUUUCACGUCCAAAAGUUGGAGUAUUGUACUAUGAGGAAAUAAAACAUUUUUUAAACUCAA